CCAAAUAAACGUUUCCCUGUUGUUGGCUCGCUCUGGUCUUUUUCAACCAUCUCCCGUGUGCUAGAAAGUCAAUAAACCAGUCGAUCUGACAGUUUAUCUAACUUUUUACCUCUCCUCAUAUCUUUCCUUUUUUUUACACAUCAAAUAUAAUUAAAUUAAACGUACGUAUACAAAUACAUAGACAUAUCUAUCAUAUCUCCCCACAUAAUUCGCAACAGCAACAGCAACAGCACGUUAUUCUUAUAUAUUAUUAGGAAUAAGAGAGCUCGAUACCUUGUGAUAAAUUUUGGUAUGAUGAGAAAUGGAAACCAAGGGGGGCAUUCAUCGGAUCAUCAUCAUCAGACGAGUGUUGGUGAAUGUUCUAGCUCAACUAAUUCGUUGAGCAGCAGUCAACCGGAUGUUGAAGAUGACGGGAUGAUUGCUGCUAUGUUAUCUGAAGAGUAUGCUAAGAUAGAUGGUUCCGUUGGUAGGCGGCUUACUAAUCUCGAACCUGUUCGGCAUGUACCGCGGAUUAAUUCGUUUAUUCCCAAUAUAAGUGAUGCUAGUUUGGAUCAUCAACGGUUGAGCCAGAGGUUGCAAGUUUACGGUUUGUAUGAAGUGAAAGUCUCUGGGGACGGAAAUUGUCAGUUCCGUGCAGUUUCUGAUCAGCUCUACAGAUCACCUGAGUAUCACAAACAUGUCCGGAAGGAGGUUGUGAAGCAGCUGAAGGACUGCCGUUCUCUGUAUGAAGGCUAUGUUCCAAUGAAGUACAAGAAGUAUUACAAAAAAAUAUCCAAAACAGGUGAAUGGGGAGAUCACGUAACCCUACAAGCAGCUGCUGAUAGGUUUGCUGCCAAGAUAUGUCUUUUAACCUCAUUCAGAGAGACAUGCUUUAUAGAAAUCACUCCACAACAUCGGGCACCUGAGCGAGAACUGUGGCUAAGCUUUUGGUCUGAGGUGCACUACAACUCACUUUAUGAGAUCCGAGAAGCUAUGGUGCAGCAUAAGCCAAGGAAGAAGCAUUGGUUGUUUUAAGGAGACAUAUUAUAGUAUCUGGGACCGGGGUAUAUUUUUUUCUUUUUGUUGUAUUUAAGAAUGGAAUAGCUUCAAUGUUUCGUUUCUGUUCAUUGUUAUACAUUAAUAAACAAAGUACCAAAAGCCAUACAACAAGGUGAUGUACAUUCAUGUGUAAGUUUUGUUUUAAAUACAGUGUCUGAAUUGCAACACAUUGUUUUAAAAAAUGCAUCAGCUUGAAUUG